UAAAACUAUUUUUUGUAAUUAUUAACUAUUUUUAUUUAUUAAAACUAUUUUUGUAAUUAUUAAAAAUAUUUUUUAUUUAUUAAAACUAUUUUUUGUAAUUAUUAAACUAUUUAUAUUUUUGUGAUUAAAAACUAUUUUUUAAAAAUAUUUUUUUAUUUAUUAAAAUUAUUAGAACUAAUUUUUAAAUAUGUUUUUUUAAUUUACAGGUCUAAUGAUGAUCAGACCCGGCCUCGACAGCGUCGUGGUCGUGGUGGUACGGGGAGCCAGUCUCGGGGUUCGUCCAGCCAGAUACAGGAUUCCGCUUCGCCCCACAGCUCCUACCAUACAUCUCCCUCUCCAUUUCCCGCUCCUGCUCCUCCCGCUCCCGCUGCUGCACCCUCUCCCGCUGCUGCACCUGCUCCUGCUCCUCCGGGUCCUCCGGGAGUGAUGAGUGUUGCGGAGUUGGUUCGACAGCCCGGUCGUGACUAUCUUCCCUAUCUCACUCUGUAUCCACAUGGACGGGGUCAAACAUGGUAAUUAAACGUUUUUUUUUUCAUUAAAAUUUGAUUCAUUAUUAAUAAUUUGUUCUUUUUAUUAGGUUCAACCGAUCCGGGAACGGGAUCAGCGCAUGGAUCAACCGUAUGAUGUACUCGGCCCUCGACAAGGGAGAUCCGACUUUCACUGACUUCCCUACCCACAAGCAGCAUCUGUGGUUUCGUCAGUUUGCGAAUUCAACUGGAAUUCCGAUGAUACGCUCUUUAUCUAUCACCACUUCGUCCAUAAAAGUUAUGGACAACUAUGGGAAGCAGAUCCACGAGUGGAAGAAGAAGUGGGAAAUAAACAAGGUUGUUUUUAAUUUAUUAAACAAUUUUUUAAUUUAUUAAACAAUUUUUUUAUUUAUUUAACUAUUUACUUUUUUUUUUUUAUUAAAAGGUCCCAUAGUCGAUGAACAACACGGUCUGGGAGGAGUUGUGUGUGUAUUGGGAUAAGGAAGAGACGAAAGAAACUUCUUCCACCAACUCCACCAACCGCAGGAGCGAGCGUAAAGGGAAGGGCGUCUUCAAGCAUAACUUGGUUCUCAAUCUAUUGCCAUUCUGGGGGAUCGCAUUGUAAGUUCAGCCACUUUUUCUUCAAUUAUUUAAGUUUUGAAAUUUUAUUUUUUGUGCAUUUCUUCUAAUUUCUAAUGUUUGUUUAAUUUAUAUUUUUUUCAAGGCGGAAGAAAAUGAUGGCGAGCCGGUUGAUGAUCUCGCCCUAAUGAAGAGGGCGUAUACCAACAAGAAGACCAGCCAGAUUGAUGAUGGUCUUGUGAGGGACGUGGUCACCCUGGUCCAAACUCAGGUGCAAGACGAAGUGUCUCAGCUCCAAACCGAGGAUGACGAUUCGAUGGCUUCGACCAACUUGUCCCGGGUUCGAAUCAACGAAAUCGUUGAAUCGUCGGUUCCAAAGAAGAAGGGACGUUUGGUCGGUUUGGGUCGUCGCUCCCGGUCGGCUGCUCCUUUUUCUGCACCACCGCCCUUUGUUGAUCCAGAAGUACUUACGGCUCAGUUGAAGGACAAGGAUGAUCGCAUAUCUGUGUUGGAGACCCAGAUGGCGGCUCAACAGGCGGGCUAUGAGGCACAGAAGAGGCUGAACGAGCAAAUGAUGGAGAUGAUGAAGAGGAUGUACCUGAACGAGGUGUUCCCGAACGUGCAAGACUCGUAGUUUUUGUUUUUUUUUCAAAAACUCGGAAUGUUUUAUUUUUAUUUGUACAACUUUGAAUAUUAUCUAAUAUGUUUUCAAUUUUAAUUUUAAUUUUAUAUUUCGAAUUUAAAUUUCAAAAAUUUUAAUUUUAAAAAAAAAAAAAAAUUUGAAAUUCCGAGGAAAUGAACCCUCGGAAAUUUCCGACGAACAUUUCCUCGGAAAAAGUCGUCGGAAUAUACCGAGGGACUCUUCCUCGGAAUUUUUCGAGGGCGCCGUUCCUCGGAAAUUCCCGAUGAAAAUUUCGAGGAAUAUUUCGUCGGAACUUCCGAGGAUUGGACCAUCGGAAAGUCCAUCGAAAUAUCCCGAGGAAGUGCUCCCUCGGUAUAUUCCGAGGACCUUUCUGACGAACUGGUGGUCCUCGGAGUUUCCUCGGAAAUUCAUUUCCUCGGAAUUCCGUCGGAAAUUUCCGAAGGAUUUCCGAGGAAAAAUGAAUUUCCGAGGAGUUAUUUCCGAGGACUUGUUUCGUCGGUAUGUCGUCGGAAUAACAUUAU